AUGACGUCAUCUCUUGGUGUCACAAAGAUGACAGGUAUUACUUUAUUCCUCUCCCUGGCUGUGAUUGGUCACGUUUGCGCAUUACCGGUAUUCGAUGAGAUGGUGUACUCUACUAUCAUCUGGGAAGAAGACGCGGAAACCCCGGUACAGGUGUUGCAGAUUUCAGCCACUGGUGAAGAUAUCUGGUACAGUCUACAAAACACCAAGGAACACUAUUUUACUAUAAAUCCACGCACCGGUGAAAUAGAACUGAUAAAACCACUUGAUAGAGACGAACGCGCCGUUUAUCAUAUUGUCGCCAUGGCAACAGAAAACUCUGGUCGUGGGGAAUCGACUACUGCUGACGUCAUUAUUGGUCUGUAUGACAUAAAUGACCGGGCGCCUGAAUUUCUGCACAAACCAUAUGUAUUCUCCGUGGAAGAAAUGGCCGCCACAGAUACAAUUGUGUCUACCAUGACAGCUACUGACUUAGACGAUCCAAAUGAACUAGACCACGUGUCAAUAAAAGAAUACAACAUUACACAGAACGACGACAAUGAAAUCUUUGCUAUUGAUAGCGCAGGAAUGAUCACAGUCUUGAACUCCACUGCACUAGACAGAGAGGUGGCGCCUUAUUAUGAAAUCGUUGUGAAGGCAACAGACAAGCUUGGACUGACGGGUAGUGCCACUGCAACAAUCUUUCUAUCAGAUAUCAAUGACGAGACCCCACGGUUUACUAACGAUCUGUAUUACGCCGAGCUUUAUGAAAAUAUGGUUGCUGGGGAUGACGUAUAUGUCGUGUCAGCGAUGGAUAAUGACGUCAAUAAAAAUGUCACAUUUUUUAUAGUGAAUGGUGACAGUACUAGUCAUUUUGAUAUUGAGGCCGGACCAGUUAUGAACACAGCAACUGUGAAGCUAACACGAAGCCUCAAUAUCAGCACCGAUCCUGAACAAUACAACCUAACUUUGAAAGUAAGUGAUGGCAUAUUUGAAUCUGAUAGUUCAUUAAUACUGAGACUCGUCGAUGCUAAUCUUUAUGACCCGGAGUUUGCCGAACUUAAUUACCAAUUUGCUUCCGAGGAAAAUGCAGGGACGGAAGAAUACAUCGGCACUGUGGUUGCGACUGAUUCCGACCGUGUUGGUGACAAUUCUAAUAUAACAUACAUGAUUUCUGAAAACAGUGAAAUAUUUGAUAUCGAUGGUAUGACUGGUGUGAUUACUCUCAGUGGAAGUCUGGACAGAGAAGAAAAAGAACAAUACAAUUUAACAAUUUUUGCCGUAGAUCAUGGCUCUCCUCCAAGGACUGGGACAACGUUAUGUACAAUCAAUGUCACAGACAUCAAUGACAAUGCUCCUACAUUGGAUGAACACUCUCGCAACGCCUUGAUAAAAGAAAAUGUGGCAACUCAGCAGUUUGUCAUUACUAUCAGAGCUAUUGAUGCCGAUGUAGAUCAUGGUUGGCCAUUUAGCUUCACGCUUUCCGAUGAAAAUGAUCGUUUUACUCUUCUGGAAAAUGGAGAUGGUGAAACUGCAAAUAUAACGACGACUAACACGACUUUCGACCGUGAGGAACAGGCAUUUUACUAUUUACCGAUCACGAUCACAGACAGCGGGAACAUGACAGAAACGAGCACUGUCACCGUUGUGAUAGACGAUAUGAACGAUAAUCCUCAUAGCCCUGGCCACUUGGAAGCUACGGUAUACCAAUAUCGCGGCCGAUCCCAAAAAGAUGGCUUUGUAGGCAAAAUAUUUUGUAAUGACCCAGACGACAAAGUUAGCGGGGACAAGACAUUUAAUCUGCUCACGGAAACGGAUUAUUUUCAGGUGGAGACAGGUACUGGAAACAUUAUAAUCGAAGACAAAACUCCAGAGGGCGUAUAUCAGCUCACCGUUGAAGUGUCAGAUGACAUCCACCCAACUGAAAACUGCACAGCAGAAAUCAACGUGAAAUAUUUCUUCGAGGACAUUGUAACCCAGACAACAACAACUCGACUAGAGGGUUCGGCAGAACACUUUCUGGUAGCAGGACAAGCGGGGAGAUUUGUCGCCUCACUGGCGAACAUUUUCAAAGUUCACAGCAACUCAGUCUAUAUUAUUGGUGUCCAAAAUGUUCGAACUGACUCAGAUAACGAGGUCGGAGUGAUGCUGACCUCUGACAACCUGUUUGAUGUCAGUUACAGCGUACAUGGUUACCAAGCAACAGCCUCGGAAGCCAUCUUAGGUAAAAACAAAAAUCAGAUUGAAGAAGAUGUUGGUAUCGUCAUCCAGAGUGUGACUGUCAACCCAUGCCAAGACGAGUCCACUUGUCCUGGACAGUCAUGCUCCGUCGUAUCUUCUUUAGAAACCAGUCAAGUGUUAAUGGGUGCUAAGAACGUGUCCUUGUCCGUUCCCUUCACUGUGAAGCAGACUGCGGUAUGCGAGUGUAAAGCCAAGUCGUGCGUGGAAGUCUCUUGUGAUAUGAAUCCUUGCUUCAAUGGUGGAACAUGUUUUCCGACGCCUGAAGGCGGUUACAGAUGCGCAUGCCCAGAAGGUUACUCGUCCCCAAGGUGCCAAAGCACAAAAAGAAGUUUUUCAGGAAAUAGCUACGCCUGGUAUGAUGCUAUGGAGAUCUGCCAGGAUUCCGUUAUACGUAUACAGUUUCUGACAUCAAGGGAAAAUGGAUUGAUUUUUUAUAAUGGUCCGAUGACUACUGACGAAGGUGACUACAUAGCUUUGAGACUGGUCAAGGGACGACCAAAGCUGAGUAUUCGUGUUGGAUCACAAUCCCUAGACUUGGAACUCACUGAAUCGUCUAAGCUUAGUGAUGGAAGAUGGCACCUCAUCACAAUCUUGAAAAGUGGAUCUGAAAUUGAACUAAUGGUUAACUUCUGUAUUUCUUCAUCUGUCAUGGAAUAUCCAACUUACCGGGAAGAAGAUACGUCAACUUGUCGAAUCAAUGGGAUUUUGGACGAAACAAACAUGAAUCUGUACUUGAAUACACCUUUGCAAGUCGGAGGCAUAGACAGUAGCUAUGCGUAUCCAACAGAAAUGACUGAUGGUUUUAACGGGUGCAUUGGAGCAAUUGACAUUGAUGGAAAUCUAUAUCAUUUAGGAAAUCCUGCAUUUCAGAUGAAUAGUGAAAAUGGAUGCACGUCUACAGACCAUCAUUGUUAUGACGACAAGUCUAAUCCCAUAUGUAUGAAUGGAGAAUGUAUGGCAGCUGGAUCUUCACACAGAUGCGUGUGUCAGCUUGGUUACCAUGGUGAUAGUUGUGACGAGAUUACGCCUGAGUACACAUUUGGAGACGGAAGCUACGUACAAUACACUUUAGAGGAUGGUGUAGCCAAUUCCAGAAUAUCAGACUAUCAAGUUACCUUUCGUACAAAGCAGAGCGAUGCUACGUUGGGGCAUAUCAGAUCUGCUGAAAUGCGAGAAGGUUUAGAGUACAUAUUCAUAGAACUGAUGAAUGGAUAUGUCACAGUUAAGUAUGACCUUGGUGACGGAGAACACCAACUGUCAUUGGAUAGUAUAUUAGUGAAUGAUAACACGUGGCACACUGUAGUUGUACAUCGCGCACGCUCAUAUUUCAAGAUUAUUCUUGACAAUGGUAGUGGAUGUCGACGUGUUGAAGGCAGUGCUGGUGAUUACACUGACCUCGAGGUUGACAAAUCAUCGGGAGUUGUCAUAGGAGCAAGAUAUGACAUGUCUACUGGGGUGAUCCAUGGUGAUUUCAUAGGAUGCAUGAAAGAUGCCCGAUUUGGCAAAUCUUACAUUGGCUUUGGUGAAACCAUUGGAAAAGUAGCAGGAGAACCAACCGAACUGAUGCAAGGCUGUACAACGCCUUGCACAAAUAACACGUGUGAUGAUUCAGAAAUCUGUUUAGAAAUUGGUGAUAUGUAUAACUGUACCUGUCCUCCUGGAAUGAAUGCUGGAGACAAAGGGUGCACACCUGUUGAUCCAUGUGACGAUGACCCGUGUCUAAAUGAGGGAACAUGUAAUGAUGGCGAUGUAAUGUGCGACUGUACAGAAAGUUAUCUUGGAAACUUAUGCCAGUAUGAAAGUAUCUGCUACAAAAACAAACCAUGCAAUGCUGGGACAUGUAGAGAUUUCAUGAUGUAUGACUAUGAAUGCGAUUGUGAUGAUGGCCAUGUUGGCAAACACUGUGACAUAGUGAAUGAAUGCGCCUCCAUGCCAUGCAUGAAUGGAGCAACCUGCACACCAGAUGCUGAGGGUAAAUACAACUGCCACUGUCGAUACGGCUUUGAGGGUGAGCAGCUCUCCCUGUGA